UGUAAAGCUUUUAGAUUUCAUUGUUUAUUUUAUUCUUUUCAAAUGAAAAUUAUUGGGGCUUGAAUUUUUAGUCUAAAUUUAGAAUAGUGGUUUGGAUAUAUUCAUCUAGACCAUUUUUCAAGUUACAUAAAAUCAUAUUAUCAAAUAACAUUGGACUGUCUUUUAAAUAUUAUUGGGCCGAACACCUAAAAUAAAAAAAAUUCAUUCGUACUAUACUAGCUCUGGAUCGGAGGAGGGCUAGACCGUGGACCGGGAUGGCCUAACACUAGAUCCUCCACUGAUUAUGAAGGGACAUUGAUGUCUUGUAUGAGGAGAGGACUAUAUAAGGAGUCAUCUUUACCGCUUGUAACUCAUUUCAUCAUUUUAUAGAGUAAUACACAUAGAGAGUUAUCCCCACUUCCUUUGUCUACUUUCUUUCUUAGUGAGCUUGUGAGAGUGUGAGAAGGUUGCCUAUCAACUCUAACAGAAUUUGAGAGCUAGGGUCGCACGACCCAAAAGUAGGGGCGUGACAGUACGCACGAUUAUGCAUUUUCCUGCCAUCUGUGCUAAGUGUUUAGAGAAGCCUUGGUAAUUCUAUUGUGAUCCUCCCAAGAUUUCAACUUCAUGGAGCUCGAAGGCAAGGAUCAAUCAAUAUGGGCUACCAGCUGAUUUGUAUAGUGUUUUCUUUAGUUCGUCAGUUUUGCGUUCCUCUUUCAAGGAUGGAUUUUAAAGGUUCAACUGAAUUUUCUUGUUGUCCGGUGUUCUCUACUUCGUCAACAUAUCUUUACAUUUUCGAAGAUUGCUGAUGUGUUCAUGCAGUUAUUCCCAAUGGGUGGUUUCACCAACGAUGCUCAAGAGCCGAGAGAGGCUGCUCGAGGUCGAUGGAGGCAUUUCGUAGCAAGGACGCGAUGAGGGCGUCGCGAGAAUAGGUGGGGGAGGAUGUCACGCGUGGUGGGCGACAUGGCGAAUGAUGUGGCGGAUCAUGACCAAGUCAAGCAUGUGUGGCAUUAAGGAAGACCUAGUAGCAUAGGAUGCUCCUAGGAUUCCCCAUCUUGAAUAUGAGCUUAAUGGUGCACAUAAAGAGCCACAUUAUGAGGUGGUAUAAUGGUGUGCAUUGUGGGGGAAACUUAAUAGGGUGUAGUAAUGGGGAGGGACCAUUAUGAGGGGCAUUGAUGCCUUGUAUGAGGAGAGGCCUAUAUAAGGAGCUAUCUCCCUCACUUGUAACUCAUCCAUCAUUUUUGUGAGCAAUACAACUAUAGUGUUUCUCCCAUCUUCUUGUGUCUUCUUCUUGUGAGUUGAGUGAGUUUCAGAGCUUGUGAGAAGGCUGCCUAGCAUCUCUAAUGGAAUUGAGAGCUAGGGCCGCACGACCAAGAGUAAGGCCGUGACAGUUGGUAUCAGAGCCUGGUUCUGAAAUAAGAACCAGUGUCCUCACUCCCCAAGAAGGAAGAUAAGAAAGUGCGAGAACCUCACCAAAGAUGGCUGAAUUGUUGCUCGAGAUCCCCCGACUACACCGACAAGGAGGCCAUGUUCACCUUCCUUGACGGCCUCCAACCAUGGGCGAAGUUGGAGCUACAAUGGCGAGGUGUGCAAAGUCUUGCUGAGGCAAUGGCGAUUGCCGAGUCCCUAGUCGAGUACCACGAGCCAGAGGAACGUGUGGAGUUUGGAGGCAAUGGAGGUGGACGCGACUAUGAUAGAGAUACACGAAGGCGUGGUAGACUGGACCAAGGAGGUAGUCAUAAGGUUGAGAAACCACUUACUUGCUUCCUUUGUGAUGGUCUGCAUCGUGUGAGAGAUCGCCCAAGAAAGCACAAGUUGUCGGCAAUGAAGGCCGUACUAGCAGAGUGCUCGAGCUCGGAAGAGGAAGCAGAGACGACUCCAAGAGUGGAGUCCCAUGUCGCAAAGAUUAGUUGCAUGAAGAGAUUGAGCGCCAUCAAGCGCACGGAAGAGCCUCUCCAUCCCGAGCAACACGGCCAAUGCUUCGUAGAGGCGAAGCUCAACCAAAGGAAAACAAAAGCCUUGGUUGAUACCGAGGCAAGCUACAACCUUCUCGACGUAGAUGAAGCGCGAAGGCUGGGCAUCACGUACGAGAAGAAGCAAAGAAGGUGGAUGAAGGCUAUCAACUCAAGGGCCACAAGAACUCACGGAGUAGCGCGCCAGGUGCCACUCAAGCUUGGAGGAUGGACCGGGGUGGCGGACUUUGAGGUGGUGUCGUUGGAUGAUUAUCAGGUCAUCCUUGGCAUGGAGUUGAUGGUGCGGGAGAAAGCUUUCCCAAUCCCCUACGCCAAUAGGUUCUGCAUCAAUGACGGAGCAAGAUCGGUUCCCAUGACAAGAGAGCAACUUGAGCCAAACAAGAGGUGUUUGGCAAGUCAAGGGAAGCGAGAAGUGGCAAUGAUGGUGGAGGCAGCGGCUCACUCGAAGACUCGUUGGAGAAGGACGAGAAGGAGGAGUGCACAACAUCGUGGAGCUAUGAGAGACGAGGAUGGGUCAUCUUCGACUUGCCAGGAGAAGCAAAGAAAGGCCACCAUGAUCGAGAAGGCGGGAUACUCGAAGACGCGACGGAGAAGACCGCGGAGUAGUGCGCAACAUCAUGGGAGCACAAGGCUCGAGAGCGAGCUAGGCCCAUCCUUAGUUUGGAGGAAGGUGCAACGAGACCUUGCAAGCAAUGAAGCUAAGGCAAGGAAGGUGUCUGCUAAAGAGUCACGACGAGGGCGUCGUGGAUUGAGUGGAGGAGAAUGUCACCAACGAGGCUCAAGAGUCCAGAGAGGUUGCUCGAGGUCGAUGGAGGCAUUUCGUAGCAAGGACGCGACGAGGGCGUCGCAAGAAUAGGUGGGGGAGGAUGUCACGCGUGGUGGGCGACAUGGAGAAUGAUGUGCGGAUCAUGACCAAGUCAAGCAUGUGCGGCAUUAAGGAAGACCUAGUAGCAUAGGAUGCUCCUAGGAUUCCCCAUCUUGAAUAUGAGCUUAAUGGUGCACAUAAAGAGCCACAUUAUGAGGUGGUAUAAUGGUGUGCAUUAUGGGGGGGAACUUAAUAGGGUGUAGUAAUGUGGAGGGACCAUUAUGAGGGGCAUUGAUGCCUUGUACGAGGAGAGGCCUAUAUAAGGAGCCAUCUCCCUCACUUGUAACUCAUCCAUCAUUUUUGUGAGCAAUACAACUAUAGAGUUUCUCCCAUCUUCUUGUGUCUUCUUCUUGUGAGUUGAGUGAGUUUGAGAGCUUGUGAGAAGGCUGCCUAGCAUCUCUAACGGAAUUGAGAGUUAGGGCCGCACGACCAAGAGUAAGGCCGUGACAGUGGUGGUAGAUCCCCCAUUUGGGAAAUUAUAUGGAUAUGCUAACUGCUAAGGUCUUGUUCAGGCCAUUUGUAUUGGACCUUAGCAGCAAUGUAGUAAAAGUCUAGCUUUUAUGUAGAAGCAAAUGAAGGGUAAUAACAAAAGCGCAAAAGCAAGUGUAAACUUUUAAACAUUCUCUAAAUUGUAUAGAAAUUUUCUAACCAUAAAUUUUAAUUUUCAAA